UUACGCUUUCCCUCCUGUAGCGCGAUUCGCAUCAUCUCACAUUUAGAUUCUUUAAAAAAAACAUUUUCAAAAAUCCAUAAUAUCUUGAAAUUCAUUUGGAAUUAUAAAGAAGUUUGUGUUAAUUUGUUGAUAAAUUCACGUGAUUCGCGCCGGUCGCCGUGAAAUUAGCACUUCCGCCGGAACAACAUUGUCGCGAAUGAUCACGUGAUCGGUGAUCGAGUUCGUCGUUUGUGGCCACGAGGUUUUUGUGGUGAAAAUUGUGUGAAUUGGGUGAAAAAAAGCCCUCUAUUUUUGUAGUCAUACAAAAAUGCCUUCCAGCAAUCCCCUGCCACCUAAAGAGAAUGCACUGUUUAAGCGAAUUUUGAGAUGCUACGAACACAAACAAUACAAAAAUGGAUUGAAGUUCGCGAAACAAAUUCUGUCGAAUCCAAAAUUCAGCGAACAUGGGGAAACGUUGGCGAUGAAGGGCCUCACGUUAAAUUGUCUUGGCCGCAAGGAGGAAGCUUACGAUCAUGUUCGACGUGGACUCAGAAAUGAUUUACAAUCGCAUGUAUGCUGGCACGUUUACGGAUUGCUUCAGCGAUCGGAUAAAAAAUAUGACGAAGCCAUCAAGUGUUAUCGGAACGCUCUCAAAUGGGACAAAGAUAACAUUCAAAUCCUUCGAGAUUUGUCCCUUCUUCAAAUUCAGAUGCGCGAUCUCGACGGCUACAAGGACACCAGGUAUCAACUAUUUAUGCUCAGACCGACCCAGCGGGCCUCUUGGAUUGGCUUUGCAAUUUCCUAUCAUCUACUACGAGACUAUGAAAUGGCUUUGAAGAUUCUUGACACGUUUCGAAAUUCUCCUAUGAUUUGCUAUGAUUAUGAGCACAGCGAAUUAUUACUUUAUCAGAAUAUGUUAAUUCAAGAAUCGGGUGACAGUGAAUCGGCAUUGAAACAUUUGGACAAGAACAUUGAACUUAUUUGUGAUAAAGUGACGGUAAAAGAAACCUAUGGCAAACUGCGACUAGAACUAGGAUUAUAUGCCGAAGCGGCGCAAGUUUAUAAGGAAUUAUUGAACAUUAAUCCUGAAAAUACAACUUAUUACGAUAGGUUAGCAGAAGCCCAAAGACACACUUGUCCCGAAGAGACACUCCAAAUGCUUAAACUUUAUGAAGAUAUGUUUCCGCGUGCAUUGGCGCCUCGACGUCUUCAAUUGAAUUACGCUGUUGGUGAACAAUUUGAAAUUCUCGUCGAUAAAUAUUUGCGUCAAGGUCUUCACAAAGGUGUGAACCCACUUUUUGUGAGUCUUCGUUCUUUGUAUACGAAUAAAGAUAAAGUGGAAACAAUUGAAUCAUUACUUCUUCAAUAUAAGGAAGCUCUCAAAUCUCAUGGACAUUUUAGUGAUUUGGAGAAGGAAAAUAUGAAAGAGCCGGCCUCAGCGCUUUUGUGGGCGUAUUAUUAUUUGGCACAGCACUAUGAUUAUUUAGGACAGACGAAAAAAGCUCUUGAAGAAAUUAACGCUGCCAUCGACCAUACACCGACACUCAUUGAACUUUUCGUCACAAAAGGACGAAUUUACAAGCAUGCAGGUGACGUUCAAGAAGCAUACAAGUGGCUGGAUGAGGCACAAAGUCUUGACACUGCGGAUCGUUACAUAAAUUCAAAAUGUGCCAAAUAUAUGUUGCGUGCAAAUGUUGUGAAAGAAGCCGAGGAGACUUGUGGCAAAUUCACGAGAGAAGGUGUCCUUGCAAUGGAAAAUCUCAAUGAAAUGCAAUGCAUGUGGAUUCAAACUGAAGCCGCCUACGCGUACAAACGCUUAGAAAAAUAUGGAGAAGCGCUCAAAAAGUGCCAUGAAGUCGAUAGGCAUUUCUCGGAAAUAAUAGAGGAUCAAUUCGACUUUCACACGUACUGCAUGCGAAAAAUGACAUUGCGUUCCUAUGUCGGUCUAUUGAGGUUAGAAGAUGUUCUUCGCUCACAUCCGUUUUACUUCAAAGCAGCAAAAUGUGCAAUGGAAGUCUAUCUUCGACUUCACGAUUAUCCCCUUCCAGAUCCAGCACAAGCUCAAGAAAUCGACACUGAAAAUUUACCACCGUCGGAAUUGAAAAAGUUUAGAAAUAAACAGAGAAAACAACGCAGGAAGGCUGAACUCGAAAGGCAGCAGGCUGCUCAAGCUCAGGAGAAGAGGGAACAUCACAAUAAAUCUCGACAACAGACUGAUCCCGAUCUCGAGCAACCAAUACUCGAGGAACUUAUUCCGGAAAAAUUGGAGAGGGUGGAAGAUCCCUUGGAGCAAGCUAUCAAAUUUUUACAACCCCUGCAAGAGUUGGCUUCCGACAGAAUAGAAACGCAUUUGAUGGCUUUUGAAAUUUACAUUCGAAAAGGACGAACACUAUUGAUGUUACGAUCGAUAAAUCGUGCACACCGCUUAGACCCGAACAAUCCCGAGUUGCACACGUGUCUCGUGCGGUUUCUGCAGCAUACGAAUAAAUCGCCCCUGGAGGGCGCCCUCGCCGAGGUGGUGAAACGCCAGACAAGUGGAAUAUUCUCAAGUUGCAGUGCGGACGAAUUGAACGCUCAAUACUUGAAGAAGAACAGCAUGUCUCUGCCACACCUUUACCAAGGCGCACGUAUGAUGUAUCUCUUGGAUCCCACUGUUCAAUCGAAGGCACUGUCCCUCGUCGCCGAUAUUGAUAGUCUCGAGAACGUUAAUCUCGAUGUAUGCACGAGGUUACUUGGAUCCUUGCAAAAUGGCGAUUUUGGUUCCUGUGAAUCGACGGCAGCCGAUUUUCGAAUCAAGUGCCAUUCACAUUUCCCGUACGCGACAGCUUUUCGUCCCGCGGAAAUUAUCGAGGCCAAAGUCACUGUCAAUCAUCAAGACGAGUACUCCAUCAAGAACUGAUCCUUGCGUCUCUAAUUUAUGGAGAUUAUCAAUGAUUGAGAGGAAGCUUUCAUGAAAAGGGGGAGGGGGCGUGGGGAUAUCACAAUUUUUAAUCGAUCGUCUCGGUUUUUUUUUUAAAUUUUUUCCAUUUUUUUUCUCUCUCUCUCUCUCUCUCUCGCAACUUCAAAAUGCUCUCGUCGUUUGUCUCUCGGAGAGGUGCGAAAAACCGAGUGAACAACACUGUACAGGAUGCGUUAUUUUUUUUUUUUUUUUUUUUUAAUUUUUUUAAUUUUUAUUUUGUAAAAUAUUAUAAAUGGCGAGACAAGACUUUGUAUUCAUAUGUGCUAGAAAAAGAAAAAAAAAAAAAAAAAGUGUCACUCGUGAUUUUCUAUAACCAACGACCUUCGUUACCGCCGAUAAAAUCUCUACUGUGUAGAGUUUUGUCCCUCAUUAGAAUUGUCGUCAUUAUUGUCAUCUAUCGCUAAUUAUGAUGGAAUAUCGAGAUAUUUUUUUUCUCAUUCGACCUUUUAAUUUUCAAAAAUAUACAUAUAUAUCGAUUUUAUAUUAUCGAUUGGGAUAAUUUCGAUAUUACAUCAAUUUUGUGGAAAAUUUAUUUUUUCCCCCUUUUGUAUAUUUGAUCCCUGUCGAAAUUGACUCUUUUAAUUCCUGUUGAAUUUUUUUUUUUUAAAGAAAACUCGUCGAAUCGGAAAAUUCUAUUUUUUUUGAAUAUUCUAUAAAAUAUAAUUAACUUAAAUUUGUAGUUUAUAGAAUAAAAAAAUUUUUUUUUUUGAGAAGAAUUUUUAUUUAGUUGAAUUUUAAUUUGAAAUUAAUAUUUUAUUUUUUUUUACAAUUCUCAUUAAAGAGAAUUUUUAUUUUACCUAAUUUCAAUUUAAAGGAAUUUUAUAAGAAAAAUUCGGUUAAAUAAGUAUUUAGAAAACGAAAUUAUUAUUGAACUGAAUAUUUUUUACUGAAUAUAAAUUCGUCAGAAUUUUCAUUUAGUACUUACUUUUCAUUAUGCCUCAAUGAAUUAGUAAAUGGUAGAAUUUCAAUUUCACAUUAUCUUUCUUUGAUCAAUAAAACAUAUCCAAAAAAAUUGUAUCCGAUUAAUUUUAUAAUCCAUCCUAAAAAAAAAACUACUAGGGACAAUUUAACCGCUCAUGAUUAGUCGAUUAGAGAUUUAAUCGCUGUUUAAUUUUUAAACUGGAGUUGGAAACUAAAUAAAUUAGGAUAUAAAUUUUUAUUUGAUAAAAAUUUGAUUAUUUGAAAAUAUGCUCCUUAUAUCAAAUUUUGCUUAAUAGAAAUUGGACAUUAUAAAUUUCAUUUAAGAUAGAAAUUCUGAGAAAAUUAUCUUUUUCUAAGAAUAUACAACGCGUCUAAUUCUACGGAAUUAAUAAUUAACUACAUUUUCCGAUUCGAUGUUAAAAACCUUUUUCCUCUUUCGCUAUUCUUCCGCUCGAUUUUACGGAUUUCUUGUGAUUUGAUUUUUUUUUUUAACAACUUUUUUCUAAUUUAUUUGAUCAAUAAACUUAAAAACAGGAAAAGGAAGUUAUGAAAUUUCGUUAUUAUUGAAAGAAAGAUACUUGUAAUAUACGAUAAUCGAGAGUGAUAAAUAAAAAUGAAAGUAGAUGCUAAAUUAUCAUCUGAAAUUAUUGUCGACGAACAAAAAAAAAAAAAAAAAAAAAAUGAUCGAAUUGAGAAAUUAUAAUACUCGAUUUUGCAUGUUAGGUUAUAUAUAAUAAUUGUUUUUGAAUUUAUAUUUAGAAGAAAUAACAAAUUAAUUGAGGCUUAUAGUUCAUAGUACAAUUAUAAUAGUUAAAAUAAAUAAAAAAAAUGAAUAAAAUAUUUAAAUUGUAAUAACAAAAAUGAUCAAAAAAAAACCAUUUCGUAUAUUGCUCGAAUUUUUCUUUCAUUUUUAAAUAUAUAUAUACUUUCGACAGACAUGCAAAAUUUUGAAAAAAUAUAUCAAAUUCCACUUAAAUAAGCGGGUUCGAAUAUUUAACAAUUCUGUAGAAAACGAAAUUUAGGAAUUUUAAAUAAAUUACCAAUUUUGAAAAUAAUUAAAACUAUUUUAUUUGAAUAUAGAUUCCUGCUCUUCCAAUGAAUUUUUUCGCUCUCUCUCUCUCUAUAUAUAUAUAUAUCUCUCUCCGAAUAUGAUUUUAAUCUUUCUAACUCAUAUUCACAAAACAGGUAUAUAUAAAAUAAGUGUUUUUGCAAGAAAGUUAUAAAUGUUACCACUAAUGCGUCAUUAUCAAAAUUCUGACAGUCGAUUUGUAGCAAUUAAUAUUCAAACUUCGUCUCAUUAAGUACGUUAGAAAAUAACGAUAUCUAUAUCAAAACAAAACAUUAACUCUCCGUUAAUUUUAUCUUCUUUUUUCAAUUUUGAACACACUUGUAAAAAGUAACCGAAGAUGAAAUAUCAAAAAUAUAGAAAUAAUUGAUAAGUCUGUUCAAUCAAUAUAUCAAAUUCUGGUUUAUAUAUUGAUAAUAAUCGAUAUAUCGAUAUUAAAUCGCUUUAUUUAUACUUGGUCGAUAUAUCGUUAUUUAAUCGAUAAAUCGAUAAUUGGUGCGAGUGAGACAAACUUAUGCGUAACGCAUGCUUUCCUAUGACUUGUGCGUUUCUGCAUGCGUUUCGCAUAAGUGUAUUUCACUUGUACUCAUGGGCUGUUGCUAGCAUGGUGAUUUUUUUACGGUAUAUAAACUUUUUGAAAACGGAGAUUUUGCGCACUAACGCUUCCCUCACGAUUUUUAAAAUUGCGUUAGUCUCAAACGUUUCCAUUCUUUGCCCUCCUCGUGUUCUUUCCUUUUUUUUUUUCUUUUUGUUGUAAACUAUCAGCAUAUAAAAGUGUAUUAUUUAUUUUGCAAACGUGUAUCUGUAUAGAUUCGAAACAUUAUUGGGAAUACAACUUUCUCUCAUUUGUAAACUAUAUAUAUCGUCGAACACAUUUUUUAUAUAUGUAAAUAUUUGGCGUCGAUUAAACAUGUUAGCUAUAUAUGUUUUAUUUCUACUGAAAUAAACAAAACAUCCUGGGAAAUGAAAAAUGUUGAGAAUAAAGAACGAAACGUA